GAAAGUAUCUCAGACAAAAAAGGAUUGACUUCCAGCUGCCUUACGACAUCCUCUGGCAGUGGAAACACAAUCAGCUGUAUAAAAAGCCAGAUGUCCCACUCUAUAAAAAAAUCCGCUCUAAUGUCUAUGUGGACGUGAAGCCUCUUUCUGGCUAUGAGGCCACCACCUGUAACUGCAAGAAACCAGACGACGACAACGGAAAGGGCUGCGUGGAAGAUUGUCUUAACAGGAUGAUCUUUGCCGAGUGUUCACCCAACACCUGCCCGUGUGGUGAACAGUGCUGCAAUCAGCGGAUACAGAGGCACGAAUGGGUGCAGUGCCUGGAAAGGUUCCGGGCCGAGGAGAAAGGAUGGGGUAUUCGUACCAAAGAACCCCUGAAAGCGGGACAGUUUAUCAUUGAAUAUCUGGGAGAAGUUGUUAGUGAGCAAGAAUUCAGGAACCGGAUGAUCGAGCAGUACCACAAUCACAGCGACCAUUACUGCCUGAAUUUAGACAGCGGAAUGGUGAUAGACAGUUACCGAAUGGGCAACGAGGCUCGUUUUAUCAACCACAGCUGUAAUCCGAACUGUGAGAUGCAGAAAUGGUCUGUUAAUGGCGUUUACCGGAUUGGAUUGUACGCGCUUAAAGACAUGCCUGCUGGCACCGAGCUGACUUACGACUACAAUUUUCAUUCAUUUAAUGUUGAAAAACAGCAACUCUGCAAGUGUGGUUUUGACAAAUGCAGAGGAAUAAUUGGAGGAAAAAGUCAGCGAAUGAAUGGACUCUCAAGCAAAAGCAAUCAGCCCGUGAGCACCCACAGAAGGCCUGGGCGGUCAAAAGAGAAAAGGAAGUCAAAGCACAAACUAAAAAAGAGAAGGGGCCACACGCCGGAGGAAUCCAGUGAGAGCGUGAACGCGCCCACCAGGCUGACACCUCAGCUUCAGAUGAAGCCCAUGUCUAACAGAGAAAG